AUGAAGGCCACCGGUAUCAUCUCGGUUGCCACCUUGGCUACCGCGGCCUCUGCCGCCCCUCUGCUCGGCAGCGUCCUCGACACCGUCGAGGGCGUUGUCGGCGGUCUCCCCAUCCUCGGUGACAUCCUCGACCGUGUCCCCGUCACGGACCUCCUCGACGGCAUCUUCGCCCGCCUGCCUGCUGACCAACUUGUCGACAGCCUGCCCGCCCAAGACAUUAUCCAGCAGCUUCCUAUUGGCGAGAUUGUCCAGCAGUUGCCUCUGCAGAACAUCAUCGACACCGUCAACUCGGGCGUCGGCAGCGUGGCUGACAUCCUCCCCGUCAAGCGUGACUACGUCGGCAACGCCGUCUCAGGCGUCCCUCUGGUCGGCAGCAUCCUCGACUCGCUCGAUGUCACCGACCUGCUUGACGGCGUCCUCGAAAUCCUUCCCGUCGAGGGCAUUGCCCAGCGCCUGCCCGCUCAGGACAUCAUUGACAGCCUUCCGGCUGAGGACAUCAUCGCCCGCCUUCCCGUCAACGAUGUGGUUGCGAACCUCAAGGUAGCCGCCAAGGCCGAUGUCAACGUCAACAAGCGCGCCGCCGUCGACCUUCCCGUCGAGCUCCCUCUCGUCAAGGCCAUCCUCGACCGUAUCCCUGUCGCUGACCUCCUGAACGGUGUCGUUUCCCGUGUCCCUGCCAAGACCAUUGCCGCCCAGCUCCCUGUCAAGGAAGUUGUUGCCCACCUCCCUGCUGCCGACAUUGUCAAGGCUCUGCCUGUUGCCAACAAGGUUGCCAGCCGCGACGUCCAGCAGCUCAACGUCGUCACCGUCCUCGAGCAGACUGUUGUCAAGGUCAAGGAGCACACCAAGGUCAUCAACGUCACCCUCGAGAAGGUCGACAGCGAUGCCACCAACGUCAACGACGCCAGCAAAAUCAUCUACGAGCAGGUUUCCCAGCUCAAGGUUGUCCUCGUCGACACUGUCAAGGUUGUCACCAACGAUGCUGCCUUCCCUCUUGUCAAGGUCGAGGUCGAUGAUCUUAUUGAGGUCGUCAAGACUCUCGUCGAGGAGAUCGUGGCUACCGUCCUCAACCUGGUCAAGGCCCUUGGUCUCCGCACCAAGAUUGUUACCCUCCUCCACGAGAUUUUCGCCCUGCUGGCCGACCUCCUCAGCCUCCUGGUCGACAUCACCUCUGACCUCGUCCCCAGCGUUGUCGACAUCCUGGACACCUUCCUCAGUGGCCUCAAAGACGGCGUUCUGGUCCCUGUUGCCACCCCUCUCAUUGCCUUCACCGUUGGCCUUGUCCAGUAA